CUUUAGACCAACUUUUUAUUCUCUCUCUCUAGAUUAGUAAACAACUUUUCGACUUUUUAUGCUUUCUACUGAAAGUCCUCUCAGAUCCUGUCCUAGCGUCGUCUCCAGUGAAGCCUUCUUCAAAUUCUGCUUAGUCCUAACCAUUUUCAUGAGUGAUAUCAGUAAUGAAUGAGUGAUCUGUCUUUAUCCCACCGAUUCCUUAAAAAAAAAAAGCUAACGGCUUUCAGAUAAUUCGCUGCUUCCUUCUCAACCUCCGAUCUGGGUUUUGGUUUUAACUUCAUACCGAAGUAGAAAUAGAGUUUACCCUCUUGUAAAGUUACAAUCUUUUUUUUGUGGAAAAUUCGGACAUGAUUCAGCUACUGUUUCUAAUUCUGUUCGUGGAAGGUGCGAUUACAUUCUUGUUACUAAUCAAGAUUGGUCCUUUGAGGGAGCUUGUGAUUAAGAGCCUUGACCAGAUGAAAAUGGGGAAAGGUCCAGCCACUGUGAAAACCAUCGCUGGAACCAUGGCUGUUAUCCUCUUCUCCAAUCUCAUGAGCAUUGUCAAGAUUCAGAACAAAGGUGCAAAGCUUGGGACUAUGUCUCCUAUGGAUCAGGUUCUUUGGAGAACCCAUUUGCUUGAAGCCUCUUUAAUGGGAGUGGUACUUUUUCUUGGCUUUGUGAUUGAUAGAAUGCAUCACUACUUAAAAAAGCUACUCAACUUAAGAGGCAACGUUGGAUCAUCUCAAGAAGAGCUUGAACAGCUUCAGAAAGAGAGGACAGAACUAAAGGAGAAAGAGGAAAAAGCAUCUAAGGAGAUCAAGCAGCUUCAAGAAAAACUGUCAUCUAUGUCAGAGAGACUUAAGAAAGUAGAGACCGAGUGUAAAGAGAAAGAGAAGAAAGUGGAAGCAGCUGAAACACAUGUCACUGCUCUGCAAAAACAGUCUGCGGAGUUGCUUCUUGAGUAUGAUAGUUUGCUAGAAGAUAACCAAAAGCUCCAAAACCAAAUUUUGGGGACAAAGAGCUAAAAUGUAAGAUUGUAGGGAGUGUUGUUGUUAACAAUGGUUGAUUGAGAAAGAGAGUUUUUUUCUUUAAUGGAGGGUUGCAGUUAGCAUUUUUGUGUUUUUGAGUAUAUGGUUGAUGUUGAAUGUCUUUCUGAGACCUGUUUCUUGCUGUCUAUAUCGACUCUUUGGGAUGUGUUUGUUGACAGUUUCAUCAAAAG